UCAGGAGAAUUUCGUCACUACCAUCCAACGGAACAUUUACAACCUCCAUCAAGCCCCUGAACUGCAGUGCAGGAGUGUCGCUUCCUUGAUGGCUAAUCCACCCUCAGAACCAUUACCCACGCAAGUCAACAUCGCAGCAGAGGAUGAUAGGGAUGUUUUCCUAGCAUGCCUCAAGGAAUUUAAGGAGCUCGGUCAGAAGCUGGAUCGCAUCAUCACCUCAGCUGAACGGAGUCAGAGGCCCGAUCAUCGCACCCUCGGCGCCUCAGCUGAACCAGUGGGCGAUGUUCAAUUUUGAGGCAUUUCAGCGCGGGAUGAAGGAACUCAGCAGCGUUGUGCAAAGCGUUGCCGAUGGCGUCAAGGAACUCAAAUCUGCGUAUCGACUGGUUCGAGUAUCGGAGGCACUUUGCUCCCGCUUGGCUCUCGUCUUCUAUACCCUCGUUUCCAUUGCUUUUCCAUCAUUGAAUGCCAAACUGAAGACGCAAUGGCCCAGCCAGCUAUCACAGAUCGAUGAAAGUGUUUUGCUUCUCGAUGAGGCCGCUACGACUGACGUAGGAACUAUCGCUGAGAGGCUUCAGAAGCUUGGCCAAUGUGUUGAUGUCUUCAAUACUACUUUGAAAGGCCUCCCCGGGUUUCACGAUGUUCCGGGCUAUAAUGCAAGUGGCCUUGACGCCUCAUUGCAAAAUUUCGCUCAAGAUCUGAAUUAUUGGGGUCGUAACUUGAGUAACUUCCGUGGGCAAGUCCAUCGGCACCACAUCCUGGUGCACGUCGCCACCGUACCGGUGGCAACACUCUUUGCGAGUGUAUCCGCAUCGACCAUUCAACUGAGCUAUACGCAAACGGAUACGAGGAUCGAUCAGGCGGUCAAUAUCCUUUGGAUCGUCUCGCUUGUUUUUGCCAUCGCGAGUGCCAUCAACAGUCAACUCAGUUAUCAAUGGUCCUCGAUGAUAUUCAUGACCCCCCUUUCAACUCUCCCUUGGCAGAGAUCCCUGUGGACUCGCCGAGCGCCUCUCAUCUUUCUUGUUCUAUCCGUCAUAUCUCUCAGCAGCAGGACUGCUCUUCGUCGGGACCUGGUUCAUUGCGGAGUAUUUGUCAUUUGCGAGCGGGACGAAUACAGGAGAUUACUCGGCUCCUUCAGCAUGGGAUUUGGCGAGGGAUGGAGUUCUGAAUGGUUUUCGAUGUCAGUUAAAUCAUGGUGCUCCAACUAUCGAGUGUGGUUCCUCCUGACAUUCGGGGAAAACCUGGGGAAACUCGCACAACAUCGGCGGCGCCAACGAGACUUAACCACACGCAAUUCCAUUCUCCCUAUGACGUUCGAUAUCCCAAUCCGACGCACUGCGAUGGAGACGCGAGGAGAUAAUGACCAACCACCAUCCAAUGUUGGAGGGGAUGAUGCUGAGGCGCAUGCGGUCACUCAGCUCAGACUGGAUAUCAGAACAAUCCAACGGAGCCUGGAACUAGGCGAUGGUCCCUCGAACUCAACCUCUCCCGCCCAGAAAUUUCGUAGUGCAGUCAUCAAAGUAAUCAUGGAAAGACGUCGUGCUAGGGCGGAGGCCAAACGGGGGAUGGAAUUGGCACUACAAUUUUUGUCUCCAACUCCAUCGACACGGGAGCACAACGCAAUGAUCCAUGACAUCAAUUUUUCUCACGACGGCCGUCACUGUAGGUCAAACUCGUCUUGGUAGAAACAAGAUCGCUGAAUAUCAACAUGGGUAUA